UAUACGAUCACAUGAUCAAACAAAAUGGCGGCAGUAUCAAAUCUUGCGGUCGUGUCGUUAACCACUAUCAUCAGCUUAUUGUCGUUAUGCUCCGAGGUGAAUGGUGCUAAUUUCACAUUAGACUACGACAAGAACACAUUCCUGAAGGAUGGGAAGCCAUUCCGCUAUGUGUCCGGGAGUAUCCACUACAGCCGGGUUCCUCAAGCCUACUGGAAAGACAGACUCCUCAAGAUGUAUGCUGCUGGACUUAAUGCCAUCCAGCUGUAUGUACCAUGGAAUAUUCACCAGCCAGAGAAAGAUGUAUAUGACUUUACAGGACAGCAGGAUUUGGUGGCCUUCCUAAAAACUGCCCAGGAUGUGGGCUUGCUGGUUGUGAUGAGGGCAGGACCAUACAUCUGCGGCGAAUGGGACUUUGGUGGAUUUCCUGCUUGGAUACUAAAAGAAAAUCCAGCAACAGUAUUCAGAACCAUGGAUCCAACUUACAUCAAGUUUGUAGACCAGUGGAUGGAUGUCCUGUUACCAAAGCUUAAGCCCCUCCUGUAUAAUAACGGGGGACCAAUAAUCAUGGUCCAGAUAGAAAACGAGUACGGCAGUUACUUUGCCUGUGACAGAAACUACACCUCCCAUCUCCGUGACAGGGCCAGGUUCCACCUGGGGAAGGACGUCGUCCUCUUCACUACUGAUGGCGCCUCGGAUGGGUUCCUCAAGUGUGGUUACAUUCCUGAGGUGUACGCCACAGUGGACUUUGGAGUGACCUUGAACCCAGAAGCCAGCUUUAAGGCACAGAGAGAUUAUGAACCAAAGGGUCCUCUGGUGAACUCAGAGUUUUACACGGGCUGGCUUGACCACUGGGGACAGAAACAUUCAGUGACCGACACCAACAAAGUGGCUGCUAGUCUUGACCUCCUUCUGGAUUAUGGAGCCAACAUUAACAUGUAUAUGUUUGAAGGUGGAACCAAUUUUGGCUUCUGGAAUGGUGCCAACUAUUCUCCGUUCCAACCUGUCCCCACAAGCUACGACUACGACGGUCCACUCACUGAGGCAGGAGACAUAACUACCAAGUACAUUGAAUUACGGCAGAUCAUAUCAAAGUACCGAACCCUGCCUGAUAUACCGAUACCGCCUUCCACAAAGAAAGCUCGUUAUGGGGAAGUGAACAUGAAGUUUGUGUCUACAUUACAAGAUGCUAUCACUCAGCUGAGUCCCAAGGGUCCCAUCAAGUCCCAGUACCCAGUGACCAUGGAGUCUGUAGGCCAGUACCAGGGAUUUGCCUUGUACCGACACAUCCUGAAGAAGAGUGUGGUUUCCCAGACCCUGGCUGUACCAGGGGUCAGAGAUCGUGGCUAUGUCAUGGUCGACAAGGUACCCCAGGGUGUCAUUAUCAGGGAAAAGUCUGCUAGUGUUACAAUAACUGGCAAGCAGGGUUCAACCCUGGACAUAUUGGUGGAGAACCAGGGACACAUCAACUAUGGCAGUGGUAUCAACAACAACACCAAGGGUAUAAUCCAGAAUGUAACCUUACAAGGAGAGGUACUCACUGACUGGGCAGUGUUUCCUCUGUCUCUGGACAACCUCAACCCCUCAGACAUCUCCGUAGUGGAUAGUCCAAAGUCUGGAGAGGGACUGAUGACUCCAUCCAUCUACAUGGGUAAACUGACCAUUAGUGGUGACCCCGAAGAUACCUACCUGGACAUGACUGGAUGGACAAAGGGUCAGGUCCUCCUCAAAGAUCACAUCAAUCUAGGACGUUACUGGCCUAAGGAGGGGCCACAGGUUCGCCUGUUUGUCCCCAAGCCAUACCUGACAGCCAACAACAUGCUCCUCAUGUUUGAGUUAGAGGGAGCUCCCUGUCAAACCACAGCGACAUGUGUGGUGAACUUUGUCGACCAGCCUCUCAUCAACGGCACAAACUCACUGUCAGGACAACGGGAGAUCGGAGAGGGUUAUAAGUGGCAUUGGGAACAUUAGUCCCCAGAAUAUAUUGUAGCAUCAUCUGUUUUCACUAUUUACAUGUCUAUAGUGUAAACGCAAUUCGUCGUUCCAAUUUUUUCUACUAGAACUUCUUACUCCAAAGAACAUUAAUAUGAUGGCACCAUUGAAAUACGUAAGGAAACCCAGGGUGGUCAGGUGGCAGAGUGGAUAACGCACUCGCUUUUCACCAAGACAGCCUCGGUUUGAUGCUCUGAUCAGACGUGAAUAGGUAUGGAUCAUCUGCCUGAUGGCAUGGGUUUUCUCUUGGUACUUCAGUUUCCUUCCACAUUAAGACUCCCCGCGUGGUAUCAUCCAGGCCAACAAGAGUGAUUAAUAUAAGUUGAAUAACUUACGCCAUAGUUGUUGUAAAAGAAAUUAAAUUUAUAUACAUGUAUGCAAAAAGUUGUUUUAAAUAAGGAAACCCAGUUUAGCCUACCUAGAUGUGUGCUUGGAUUACUAUACACAAUAGCAUAUGAUAAAUCAGACUAAUAUAUACUGGACAAUAUUACAUCAUUUUGUUGUCUUGAAUAAACCAAUACUUUCAGAUUCAAAAUGUGUUAAUUUACAUACUUUGCAUUUAUUGUUUAGUGUCAGGUUACCUACAGUAUGAAAAAGAGAAAGGACUAGGGGCUUUAAGGGUCAUUUCCGGCCUCAUCGGGCAUUUUGAAUUAGCUGUUAUAUUCGUAAUCUGGAGUAAAUGUGGAGGCUUUGCUUUCUCCUAGCUAACUGUCCAAAAACACCAUAGUUUGGCUAUUUCUGCAUAGCAAUGCAAUUUCGUUGCUAUGGUAGGGCAUCUAGGCAUGUGCGUUAGAAAAAAAUAUGCACAAACAAAGAUUGCUCCAAUUAACCAAUGUGAUGUUUAUAACAGAAAUUGGUAAAUAAUUCAAGUUGAAUUUUUUUACUUUUUUGAGCCUGAGACCAAAAAUGUCCCUUAACGCAUUAAGUCCUUUUCAUACUGUGUUUACUGUGUUAUGUAUAUGAACAGUUCUAUUUUGUUAGUAUGGAUAUUUUGGCUUCCCCUAUUAAAGGAAUCUCUGGUAAGAAAUGAAACAGAAUUUUAAUUAAAUGUACAAUUUUAAUUCGGUAGAGCAUGAAAUAGUGUCCCAGAUGGACCGUUGAUUGUUAUAGUGAGUGUUGUACCACUUUGUUACACCGGUUUAGUGGACACACUGGUUCUGUCUACAUAACUGAGUACCAUUGACUGAUUAUUCCUGCUUUGGUGACAUGUUUUUAUAAACCAACAUGUCUGCAUCAACAAGGUUUCACUAUAUAAGUCUGUUUUGUCAUAAAUAAAACUAAAAAUGUUCACCCUCAUUUUUGAUUUUUCAAGUCGGCAAAGUUCUUUACAUCUUGCUUUUUCACUCAUAUAAGAUUAUAUGGGGAGUGGGUCAUGGUCAUCUUUUCCUUUUGAUUACUUUGCAUAAGAUUAAUUCAUUGCAUAAAUAAUAGCUAACGUUGCUCUUUAAUUUUGUGCCAUAUAAUUCACUUGCAAUGAUACCUGUUGUAUACUUGCCACAUGGCAGCCUGUUUGGUUCUAACAAAUUGGUGGACAACAAUGUCCAGUCUAAGCUUAUGACUGGUAAAACAGUCUCAUAUCCGGUAAUAAGUCCACUUCCUAACAUUGACAUCUUUUCUUGCACAGACCCCUGGGCUUAUCAUAGGUUAAAUAUGGUAUGUGAGUUUUGGUUAGGUACUCUGUACUGACACUAGCCAUUACUUUAUGAGAUAUUGAUGCCUAAUCAUAGGUUAAAUACGGUAUGUGAGUUUUGGUACUCUGUACUGACACUAGUCAUUACUGUAUGAGAUAUUGAUGCCUUAUCAUAGGUUAAAUACGGUAUGUGAGUUUUGGUUAGGUACUCUGUACUGACACUAGCCAUUACUUAAUAAGAUAUUGGUGCCUUAUCAUAGGUUAAAUAUGGUAUGUGAGUUUUGGUUAUGUACUCUGUACUGACACUAGCCAUUUCUUUAUGAGAUAUUGGUGCCUUAUCAAAGGUUACAUACGGUAUGUGAGUUUUGGUUAGGUCCUCUGUACUGACACUAGCCAUUACUUAAUAAGAUAUUGGUGCCUUAUCAUAGGUUAAAUAUGGUAUGUGAAUUUUGGUUAGGUACUCUGUACUGACCCUAGCCAUUCCUGUAUGAGAUAUUGGUGCCUUAUCAUAGGUUAAAUAUGGUAUGUGAAUUUUGGUUAGGUACUCUGUACUGACAUUAGCCAUUACUUUAUGAGAUAUUGGUGCCUUAUCAAAGGUUACAUACGGUAUGUGAGUUUUGGUUAGGUCCUCUGUACUGACCCUAGCCAUUACUUUAUGAGGUAUUGGUGCCUUAUAAUAGGUAAAAUACGGUAUGUGAGUUUUGGUUAGGUCCUCU